AGACUGAAGAAUAUUUUUUUAUGGGAACGAAAUUCAGGCAGCUCAGCUUUGCUAGUGUUGAAUCUGACAGCCAACAAACAACCCUGUGCACUGAGAGUGACUUCAACUCAGCUGCUGGUCGUUAAUAAAUGAGCCAGCAUUGCUGCAUGCUCUUCAUGAGACUGUAUAUUACCUGAUGAUCCUUAACUGUUUUUAAAGUACUCAUUAGUCUGUUUUUCUCUUGUGGAUAAUAGCCAUUUUUUAAAAUGUCCUAAGAUGAAUACUAAUAUAUAUUGACACUUAGUCUGCAAGUGCACCUCUUUAUUUGAUAAGCUAAUAUUAAGGACAGCUGCUGUUUGGACAUUUCUCAUAUACCUUACCUUUGGGAAACCCAGUCACCUGCUAGGCAUUUAGAUUUCAAUCCAGCCAAAAGGUUCAUAAGAUUCCUUGAUUUGAUUUCCCUUUUCUGGCAUUAUCAAGGUCAGCUCUUGGCUUCUGUGUGAUACCAAAUGCUGGCAGACCACAGUGAAGUGACUCUUACCUCUUCAGGAAGCAAAUGUGAAUCAUCUUGCAGUGUCAGGUGGCUGAAUGGAUCAAGCUUAAAAAUUUUGAUCUGUUCUAGGAGGAUGUGCCUUCUAAAACAUGUUAAAACCAAUUUAAUUUGAAGCUAAGUUUUUAUGUGAGCAGGUAAAAAUUGUUAUUGAAAUUAUUAUUGUAACUGACUUUGAGCAGAGAAGGUGCCUGGGGAGUUACCCUGUGACUGUUGAUUUUGACAAUAUCCCUUUGAAAGCAUUGGCACAGGAUUCUUGCCCUGCUCUGGCUGCCUGCAGACUCUCUCUGAAAGCAUCUAGAUGUGCCCUCCUUUUGGAUAUAUCCUGUAACAUUAGGCAGCCUAUUUAGAGUCAACUCUUCUCCAAAUAAAGGAACCUGUUAAUGUCUUGGAGCGUCCGUGGUAAGCCAUGGUGAUGCUGCGUGGUUGGUGCAGGACUCUGGCAGAGCAGCUCACGACUGACAGCUGCUGGUGGACAAGGGAUCUGCCUGGAGACCUCCCCAGACUGCAGGUGGCUUUUUGAUCCCAUACCUUAUCAUGCUGAUUGCCGAGGGGAUGCCCCUGCUCUACUUGGAGCUGGCUGUGGGGCAGCGUAUGCGUCAGGGCAGCAUCGGCGCCUGGAAAAUGAUAAGCCCCUACCUUUGUGGUGUUGGUGUUGCCAGUGUUGUUGUCUCCUUCUUCCUCUCCAUGUACUACAACGUGAUAAACGCCUGGGCCUUCUGGUACCUUUUCCACUCCUUCCAGGACCCCCUGCCAUGGGCUACCUGCCCCCUCAACAGCAACCGCACCGGCUAUGAGGAGGAGUGUGAGAGGACGUCAUCCACCCAGUACUUCUGGUACCGGCAGACCCUGAACAUCUCUCCAUCGCUGGAGGCCAGCGGGAGCGUGCAGUGGGAGCAGGCGCUCUGCCUGACACUGGCCUGGCUGGUGGUUUAUCUCUGCAUCCUCCGUGGCACCGCCUCCACUGGCAAGGUCGUCUAUGUGACAGCCUCUUUGCCAUACUGUGUUCUCAUCAUAUACCUCAUCAGAGGAUUAACACUUCAUGGAGCUGUGAACGGUCUUUUCUACAUGUUCACACCAAAGCUGGAGCAGCUGUCGAACCCCAAGGCGUGGAUCAGCGCUGCCACGCAGAUCUUCUUCUCGCUGGGCCUUGGCUUCGGCAGCCUCAUUGCCUUUGCCAGCUACAACGAGCCCAGCAACAACUGCGAGAGACAUGCCAUCAUUGUCUCGCUCAUCAACAGCACCACCUCCAUCUUUGCCAGCAUUGUGACCUUCUCCAUCUACGGCUUCAAGGCGACGUUUAACUAUGAGAGCUGUAUAAACAAGGUGAUCCUGCUACUGCUGAACACUUUUGACCUGGAGGAAGGCUCUUUGACAGCAGACAACCUCAGUGAGAAGAAAGACUACCUCAUGGCCACCUACCCACAGGAAUAUGCCCAAUUAGCGCCUCAGAUUAAAAACUGCAGCUUAGAAGCUGAGCUAGACACGGCUGUCCAGGGGACAGGACUGGCAUUUAUCGUCUAUUCUGAAGCGAUCAAAAACAUGGAGGUGCCCCAGCUGUACUCUGUGCUCUACUUCUUCAUGCUGCUGAUGCUGGGCAUUGGCAGCAUGCUGGGGAACACGGCCGCCAUCCUCACGCCGCUGACCGACAGCAGAGUCAUUGGCGCCCGCUUCCCCAAGGAGGUGAUCUCAGGUGUUGUGUGUUUCAUUAACUGUGUGAUUGGCCUGAUCUUCACCAUGGAGGCUGGAAAUUACUGGUUUGACAUAUUCAAUGACUAUGCAGCCACCCUCUCUCUGCUGCUCAUUGUGCUGGUCGAAACCAUCGCUGUGUGUUACAUCUAUGGGAUAAGAAGAUUUGAGAAAGAUCUUUACACCAUGAUUGGACGCAAGCCAAACUGGUAUUGGAAAAUUAUGUGGGCCUUUGUUAGUCCUCUGCUAAUUAUAAGCCUAUUUAUAUUUUACCUCACCGACUAUAUCCUCACAGGAACCUUUCAAUACCAAGCGUGGGAUGCCACACAGGGGCAGCUGGUGACAAAGGAUUACCCAGGCUACGCCCUCGCAGUGAUUGGGCUGCUGGUGGCAGCAUCCACCAUGUGCAUCCCCCUGGGGGCACUAAUGACUUUUAUAAGGAAGAGACUGAAGAGGGAAAGAGUUUCAACAGUUGCAUGAAUGCUGACAGCUGGAUUUGGGAAGACCUUACCCCCGUCAUCAGUGACAGGGCACUUCUGGAAGACAGCAGCAACCAUUAUUUGUAGCAGCUAUUUAUAGAGUUGAGAAUGGUGGGUGCUAUAUUGACCAAAAAGUGCUCUUGGGAGGUUCCACAAUGGUUUGGGGAAAAAAAAGCUCUUCUGUAACAAGAUGAAGCUUUAAAAUAGCCUAUGUAUGAGAGGGGGAAACCAGAAGAGCAGCUCACAAAAUGCUAGUUAGCACAAAUUAACCAGCACAUCAGCCCAUUACACCAUGUUAGGUAAUUCUUUUCCACUUUGUUGUAGCAGUGCCUGUGCGGAAACAUGAGCAACCAACUAAGCAUGUUCCUGCACCAAAGUACCGGCAAAUAUCCUUUACCCAUUCAAGACAGCUGCACUUAAGAGUGCACUUUAUUUCAAAUGACAUCUGUAUUUCAUCAACAGAGGAAAAUGUUGAAGUCUGCCAGUGAGAAUGUGAUGAUCCCUUUCCUACAUGGGAGAAAUCAGUAGCAUGGUAUUGGGAGAUGAAUGUGGCCCACCUGGCUUCUUUUAUACUGGUGUUCAGCAAAGCAGUUUAUAUAUAUAUAUGCAAACACAUAUAUGAGUUGCACAAGUUCUUUCCCCCCGAGAAGUAAGCUUCCAAUUCCAGUACAUAACUGUGCACUAUGCUGUACUUUGUAUUUUCUAGGGAUGCACUUUAAGUACACUAGAAGGUAUCUGUGAUAAAGCUGCUUUAUGAGCCCCACCCAAACAAAAGUAUGCCAUAUAAUUAGCUUUGACAAAGUUCAUAUCCAGGUAUUCUUUAAUCAUCAGAUGUAACAAUCCAGCAGUUCCACUGACCUGGUUAAUUUCCCCAUGUAUAUGUUUUAUAAAGAAAGCAACAUGUUUAAAUUGUAAGCUUCAUGUAAUAGAAAACAUUAAAAUUAUAUCU